CUUCCGUGUUUUUUGUUUGUUUCUUGUCUCUGUAAUGUACAUGUGGGUCUACUGGAGAGACUUAAUAAUAAACAGCAGGUCAGGCUGACCUGAGUGGUGGGUGUGGAACCUGUCAGUAUGGAACCUAGCAGUAUGGAACCUAGCAGUAUGGAACCUAGCAGUAUGGAACCUAGCAGUAUGGAACCUAGCAGUAUGGAACGGGGCAGUAUGGAACCUGUCAGUAUGGAACCUAGCAGUAUGGAACGGGGCAGUAUGGAACGGGGCAGUGUGGAACCUAGCAGUAUGGAACCUAGCAGUAUGGAACCUAGCAGUAUGGAACCUGGCAGUGUGGACAGUCUGAGGGAACCGACCAGUGUGCAACCAGGCAGCGGUAUGGAACCUGGCAGUAUGGAACGGGGCAGUAUGGAACGGGGCAGUAUGGAACGGGGCAGUAUGGAACCUAGCAGUAUGGAACGGGGCAGUAUGGAACGGGGCAGUGUGGAACCUGGCAGUGUGGACAGUCUGAGGGAACUGACCAGUGUGCAACCAGGCAGCGGUAUGGAACCUGGCAGUGUGGAACCGGCCAGAGGUGUGGAACCGGCCAGUGGUGUGGAACCGUCCAGAAGUGUGGAACCGUCCAGAGGUGUGGAACCCGCCAGUGUUGACAGUCUGAAGGUUCUGUAUCAGAGCUGUGACUACAUCAUAGUGGAUAAGCACUGGGACAUCCGCAUCGACAGCAAGAUGUGGUACGAGAAACACACGGUCCAGAAACAGUUGGGACUCCGCUUCCCUGAGCUGGCCGACCCCGGGACAUACUAUGGAUUCAGGUUCUGUCACCAACUGGACUACUCCACCAGUGGGGUUCUGUGUGUGGCUCUGAACAAGGCUGCUGCUGGCCGGGUCUACCACUGUUUUAAAGACCGCAGAGCUACCAAGGUUUACCUAGCACUGGUGAGAGGCUGGGUAGAGGAGGAGAAGAUAACUGUAGACUUCUCCAUCGGAGAAAACACCACAGAGGGAAGAACACACAUGAUGUGUAUCCAAGGAACAGACGGUUGUGAGAACCCCAAGCCCUGUCAGUCUCAGCUCACCGUGUUGGAGUACGGAGAUUAUGAUGGAGACCCUGUUACCAAGGUGGUGCUGCAGCCUCUCACAGGUCGUACCCACCAGCUGAGGGUUCACUGUGAGGCGGUAGGGCACCCCAUCGUAGGAGACUACACCUACAGCCUGGGAGAGGACAGCGCCCCCUAUCGCAUGAUGCUGCACGCACACCUCCUACACCUCCCCCUGGAGCCACUCCCCCUGCAGGCCGCCGCCCCCGACCCCUUCACCACGCCCACUGACCCCCGCUGGCGCCCGCAGCGCCGCCUCCGGACUGUAGAGGGAGUCGUGGAGACCCUGCUGGAGCACAGGGCGGCGGAGGAGAGGACAGAGCGGGAGGAGAAGAAGAGACAGCAGGAGGAGAGGAGGAGGCAGCAGGAGGAGAGGAGGAAGAGGUGGAGGGGGAGAGAGGAGAGUGAGGAGCAGAGGAGGAUGUGUCAGCAGUGGUUGUCUGAGUGGACUGAUGUCUGAACUCUCCUUCUCCUCUAUUCAUCCUCAUCCCUUCUCCUCUCUUCAUCCUCAUCCCUUCUCCUCUCUUCAUCCUCAUCCCUU